AGAGUGCAUAAAAGGGCUCGGCGGGCCGCCUCGCUCUAUUUUCUGUAGUUCCGCCUUCGGCUCCGUCCGUGCCGCUCCCGCUGGUGCUGCCAAAAUGUUCGAGGCGCGGCUGGUGCAGGGCUCGGUGCUCAAGCGAGUGCUGGAGGCCCUCAAGGACCUCAUCACCGAGGCCUGCUGGGACCUGGGCUCGGGCGGCAUCAGCCUGCAGAGCAUGGACUCCUCGCACGUCUCGCUGGUGCAGCUCACGCUGCGAUCGGAGGGCUUCGACACCUACCGCUGCGACCGCAACAUCGCCAUGGGCGUCAACCUGUCCAGCAUGUCCAAGAUCCUGAAGUGCGCGGGCAACGAGGACAUCAUCACGCUGCGGGCCGAGGACAACGCCGACACCCUGGCCCUGGUGUUCGAGGCGCCCAACCAGGAGAAGGUGUCUGACUACGAGAUGAAGCUGAUGGAUCUCGACGUGGAGCAGCUGGGAAUCCCAGAGCAGGAGUACAGCUGCGUGGUGAAGAUGCCCUCGGCCGAGUUCGCGCGCAUCUGCCGGGACCUGAGCCACAUCGGCGACGCCGUGGUCAUCUCCUGCGCCAAGGACGGCGUCAAGUUCUCCGCCAACGGCGAGCUGGGCAACGGCAACAUCAAACUGAGCCAGACCAGCAACGUGGACAAGGAGGAGGAGGCCGUCACGAUCGAGAUGAACGAGCCGGUGCAGCUGACCUUCGCCCUGAGGUACCUGAACUUCUUCACCAAAGCCACCCCGCUGUCCCCCACGGUGACGCUCAGCAUGUCUGCAGACGUUCCUCUGGUGGUGGAGUACAAGAUCGCCGACAUGGGGCACCUCAAGUACUACCUGGCGCCCAAGAUCGAGGACCAGCAGGACGGCUCCUAACGGGAGAGGGCUGGGGACGUCAGCUCCAGAGCCCGGGGCAGCUCCAGAGCCCGGGGCAGCUCCAGAGCCCGGGGCAGCUCCAGAGCCCGGGGCAGCCUGGGGCGCUGCAGCUGUGCUGUGUAGAUAUCUUUGUAAAUAUUUCUCAACUCUCCCUUUUGCUAUCCUGGUAUCUUUGGAGAAAUAGGAAAGCUGAGUAUUUCUGGUCUGCUCCUGUUGUCCCAGCAGUCUCUUGGGUGCUGUUGAAGGUGACAUUUCUUACCCCUUGCAGCUGCUGGUGGAGAAGAGGAGCAAUAUUUAAAGGGUCAGGAGGUGUCCUGGAGUUCUCCCCUGUGGAGCUGUAGCUUAGGGUCGCUGUUUUGUUACCCCACGAGUUUUGUUACCUUCCUUCGUUUGUUUUUGAAGCUGAUACUCUGACUGAAAACUGAAAAAUGGAAAUAAAGAAUAAUUUCCUGGA